CGACCUCGAAUUCAGCCGUUCGCUAAAUCGUCUUUUUCCGGAGUUCCCGUUUUUCUCCGGUCCGAUUUCCCUCGUGCCACUCUCCCCGUCGGUCGUGGCCUCUUCCGUCGCGGUCCCGCACAUCUCACCACGGACCUUUGGCCCCCCCUGACGGAGUAACAGGAAGUGGGUGGUGCGUGUGCUCUCCCCCCCCGUGAGAAUCUCCCCGUGUGCCUUCUCUAAAACCGUAGAUUCCCACUGUCCUUGAUCGGUUCUGCUCUGUCCAGCCAGCUCAGAAUCUGUGCGCCGAGAAUGGGUGUGUGAAGUGGACGGGAUGGUGUGAUGAAUUUGCUGUGCUUUCGGAUGUGUGGCCGCCACCAGCGCCACCCGCAGUGGCCCGAGGAAAGGAGUUCGAUGAAAAGAGUCCGCUACGAGCGACCGGAGCAGCAGCGCCGUUCGGAGGGCAAAAGGUUCGCCAGGGGCCCGUUCCCUUUGGCAGGAAUGAGCAGAGAUUCAUGUUCCAGUUUGGCCACCCCCCGCUAACUGUGAAGGAGUGUUUCUGUGUGUAUGUGUGAUUGAGUUGAGUUUAGUGUGCGAGCGUGUGGUAUCGUGUGUACGUGUGCACGAUACGGUGGUGGAUGUUCGCAGUAUGCCACCAAUCCGGUGGACGACGGCCCACGACGAGCAGUUGGUGAGAAGUCGAGAAAUGAGAGUGUCCUGUGCCCAAGGAAUCCAAGAGGGCUUCGCUUCUGCCUUCAGAUAAAUCCCCGUGUGCACGCGCUGCAAAGUGUUUCCGUAUGUGUGUUUGUGAACGGGUGUAUGUCGUUUUUUUCCCUUACUUUCAACCCGACAGUCCCACUCCCGAAAUUUAUCGUUCAUUGCUCUCCGACCACCAAGUGACCACCGGUGGCGCGCCUCCACCUUCCGCUUAAUCGCAGCACAACGGGCACAGCCAAUUGCCAGAGCCACCUUCACGCGGCUUACGAAAUCAAGUUUUCUUUAUCCCGUGUUAUAUUUUUUGUUGCUGGACGGCCCCAACCGGCGUCCCCCACCCCCACGUCCAUAGAGCAAUCGGCCGGCGAUCGGCGUACGAACGACGAACGCAUGCGAACGGCGGACCAUGUCUCAAGCGAACUCAUUCCAGCCGUGGAAACAAACGCUCCCCGUCGGUCUACCGUCGAACCUGGCCUCAGCGAUCUUCGGUGCAGGAGGCGGUGCAGUAGGCUAUGGAAAAAUACCACCGCCUCCCUCGGUACCACAGCAACCGUCUGCCGGCGCUAGUGGGACCACAGGCGGCGCCGGUCCUUCCCCAUUACAACCGUCACCAUCGUCCUCGUCAUCCUCCUCCCUAUCCUCGGCAUCAUCAACCGUUCCGGCAAUCGCUACUGAGGGAGGCCGCCGCGAGAUGUCACUUCUACCGGGCACAUCAACGGUGGCGGCAGGAGCACCACAUGCUGGAUCCUUGCCGUCAUUUCAUUCCACUGGCGGCCACAAUGGGACGGGCGGUGACUUCCUUGCUCAGGUGGCCGUCAACAAGCUGAAGCUGGGCAAACUAAACACCAGCUAUGAACUGACGGCCGCGGUCGCAGCAGCAGCGGCAGCGAACCAACCGAUAACCGCACCGAGUGAUGAUGGUCUGCUCGAUCUUGGCUCUGAUCCGAAUGUGGCGGCCAUGCGGACACUGCUGGCUAACGCGGCCGGUCAAACCGGAACCGGACCGCUCGGGGACAAGGAACGCGAGCAUCAGAUACAGCAACUAUUCGAGAAAACCGUCAGUGACAACACUAAGAAGCAGAUCGUUGAGAUAUUGGAUAAGAUUUCGGUUCUGCGCCCCCCGGAACGGUUGCUGCUUUAUCUGCGCAUGCCCGGAGGCUAUCCAGAGACAGAUCCGCUGCGGCAAUCGCAGAAUCCGCUCGGAACCCGGCUGGAGAUCAACCACACGAUCAACUGGGUCCGUUCGCAUCUGGAGCACGACCCGAAUGUGUCAAUUCCCAAGCAAGAAGUGUACGACGAUUAUGUGGCGUACUGUGCGCGGAUUAACAUUAAACCCUUGUCAACGGCCGACUUUGGGAAGGUGAUGAAACAGGUGUUCCCUGGCAUUCGACCAAGGCGGCUUGGCACACGCGGACAUUCCAGGUACUGCUACGCGGCCAUGCGCAAGGCAACGAAACUUCCGACACCGAAGCUACCCGAUCUUACCGAUCCGAAUGGUGGCCCUAGCGAGCAAAAAAAUGGCGGCAGCGAAAGUGCGAACCUCCUUAGUGACGAGGAGUCCUGGAAAGUGAUCAAGACGUGGGCCGAAGCGAUGUUACCGGCGUGCUUCGGUUCCAUCAACGAUCUGGCGGCGUUCAUUGCGAAGAACAACCUUAGCUCACCGACCGGCAGCACCAGCCGGCAGCAGCUCCAGAAAAAGAUUCUUCAGCGAGAAAUGAAGGAGAAACGGAAGCUCUCGGCGGUGGCACUGAAAAAACGACGCAAGAAACGCCGAAGAACCAUUUCCACCAGCAUUAGCGAGGCAGCGUCGGAGCUCAGGAACGGGACACCGGAGGCAGACUGCAACCAGCAACCGGAAGCGUUUGGUUUGCCAGGAACCGUAAGUACAAAGCAAACAGCAACCAUUGGCCACCAGCAACAGCAGCAGCAGCAACAGCAACAACAUCUUCAUCCGCCGUCUAUCAUCGAUCAUCAGCUGCUACUACAGCAGCAUAUGAUAAAGCGUGAACAGCAGGACUGUUUGGACGAAGACAACAAUAAUACUACCACGAGUGGCGCACUAGGAGCCGGUGGGAAGCUGCUGAUCCUGCAACGUCAACAGCAGCAGCAGCAGCAGCUGCUGCAGCAAAGUACAAAUCUAAACUGUGAUAACGGGAGCGGCACUGGUGUAUUCGAAUCAGCUGGCAAAGAACUGCUGGCUGCAGUUAGCUACAGCGGAGAUGCUCAAGUGCAUGGUCAGUCGCUGAUGGGUCCGACGAAUCAUCUGCCACCAACACCACCGCAAAGCAUACAGCAGACACAGUUGAUCCAUCAGCGAUUGCUGGAAGGUGGAGAUGAGAUGCGCAGCCCCCAGCAGGAGCAGCCAAACCUUCUGGCGAACAUUUAUUGCAAAAAGGUACGCCAAGCGCAACAACUAAAAGCCGUACAGCAGCAGCAGCAACAACAACAGCAGCAACAGCAACAACAACAGCAACAACAAUUACAACAGCAACUACAGCAGCAGCAGCAGCAUCUAGCUCCACCACAUCCACUGCACCAUCAACAGCAGCUGUUCUUCCCGAAUCGGCCAGCGAGCGCUAGCAAGCGGCAACUAACAAACACCCUGGGUUACGCGAGUCGUCAAAAGCGCUUGAAAUUGCUACAAGCACGCCAGCAGCGUUCGCUCGAAUCGCAGAAUAACAGUGCCCCACGGUAUGACGAACAGGGCAAUCUGAUUCUGAUCGAAUCGCAGGAUCCGAGCCGAGACGAGUUCAUUAUACCACGCGAACGGGUGAUAAGUAUUUGCAACAUGGACAAAAACGCACUGGACGACUAUCUUAACUGUGACGGGGGUGGUGGUGAUGAUGAGGAAAACUCGCAGGAUCAGGACCAGGAGCUGCUGAAGUACUUCCCUCAAGAGGAGGAGGAAGACACCGGUCUAGCAAACGUUGGCGGCCAACCUGCCUCGGUUGGGCUAGGUCCAGCGACACCAACAUCCACCACAACGCAGGACGCAGAUACUACUACCGGUGGGUACGGUGGUCCCUUGGGAGACGAUUGCGAACAGAAGCUCUUCCAGAUACGUAUGAUCCUCGAGAAGAACCAAUCGAAUCAGAACAAGCAGAUGCAGCAAUCGAUCGAGACGCAGCUAGCAAACGCAUCCUCAGGUUCCUCGGCGUCCUGUACUGCCAGCUACGAACAUCAGGCCGGCAUGAGUCUUCCGGCCGGUUCGGCUGCUGCUUCACUUGCCAUGCUGUCCCAACGUCACAACACGCACGGCGCUACGGUGUCGGUGGUGGAACCAUCGGUCACCGGUGGAAAGCAGAAGUUCUGCGGAACGCUUGAUCUGAAACAAUGCUCAUCAUCAACCGGAGGAGCCAAUUCAGUUGACGGAGGAACAGCUUAUGAGCACGGAGGAGGAGGUCCAUCGUCGAUGGCUCUACAAAGUCCAACGGCUCGUCGUAGGAACUGUAGCUUCGUACCGAUAUCACAACCGAGUUCGGGUGGCAAGCAACAAUUGCACCACCACCAGCAGCAGCAGCAGCAACAACAACAUCAUCAAACGCCUAAUGUAAGCCCUUUCGUUAGUCCGCGCAGUACACCGAUCCAUAGAAAGCCACCGAAGGGACCGAUGAACAGCGGCCACACACUAAACAUGCUGGAAGCCAAACUCAAUCAUCAGUUGCAGCAGCAACAGCAGUUACAGUCUGGUGGUGGUGGCCACUUCCUUCAGCAACAUCUCCAUCAUCAGCAGCAGCAGCAACAGCACCAGCAACAACAUUCGUUCCGCUCGUCAGGCAGCUUGUAUAUUAAGAACGAGCUUCCGGCAUCGGCACCACCAUCACCUUCGCUCAUGCAACCGUUUCGUUUCAUUUCAAACAUGGGCACCGCUAAUAGCGGUGGUCUAAACAGCACUGGGGCACUGCUCUCGCAACCCACCGUUUUCCAACCCAUCGGUGGCGCCCCGCACCAUCAACAACUACAAACUGCCAACAUCAACAGCAGCACAACCAGUACAACGGCCGGCGGUCUAUCGAUGGCGCUCGAGUCACGUUCGAGCAGUGUACCGCUGAUACCAAACUAUGAUAGUUACUGUAACUCGAGCUACAACUCCGUCUCGCAAACGCCGGUACCGUCGGAGUACGAUGACUUCACCGAUACCGGCAUUCUCGAUAUGCUCACCGAACAAUCCUCAGCCCAGCUAACCUCAACCUCAUCGAUCAAGAUCGAGGACGCGGAACUAUCGAUGCUUCCUGCCGAUCUGCUCGAUCAGCAGCAGACACUGCAGAACCAAGACCAGGACCGGGCCAGUACCGGCGGUGGUGGAGGCUUCUACUCCCGCGCAGCUGAUGGCAGCGGAAGCAUUUUUAACAUCAUAUCCCGUUCCGUCCCUUCCACACCGUUACCAAUGCUUGGAGGAGGGGGAAUGUUCAGUGCUGCGGGUGGUGGAAAGCUGGGUGCAAGUUUCGCUGGCAACGGUAGUGGAACAGUCGUUGGUGGUGGAAUGGGAUCGCGCGGAAGAUCAAUGUUUGAGCUGCCAAAAUCGGUCCCCUCCACACCGAUCAUGCUUGGCAGCGGUGGUGGUGGUGGUGGUGGCGAUGGUAGCUGCCAAGAUAUACCACGAAUGUUCCAGUUCAGUCCCGAACCGUCGCGCGACUUUCUUAUCAAUGGGAACUCGGUCGAUCGAACCGGUCUUGGCAUAGCUAGCGUCACCAGUGUCACCGAUGCCAUUGGGAACGUCGUGAGUGGUUCCGAGAUGACAUCGCUACCUACUCGAGCUGACGGUGUCAGUGGUGUUGGUGGUGUUGGUGGUGUUGGUGGUGGUAAUGGCGUCGGAUCAUCCUGCUCAAUACAUUCUACGAGCAGCAGUAGCACCCACCAUCACCACCCCCAUAACUCGCAUGUCAAUCCGGAACUACCUACGGCGAAUCUUACCGAUGGCAUUGAAGGACUAUCCAGCGAUCUGGAUGCCGUGACCGAUUCGAUGAUCGACUCGGACAUUCUCCAGAAUCUUUAACUCCAGACACACACCAUCGCAUCUGGCUGGGGCUUGUGUUGCGAGAGUAGCGGCGUAGUUCAUCGUGCGCUGUGUGGCGUAGUACCGCAGACAGCGCACAUCAGCACUAGUAGCAGCCGCAGCAGCAGCAGCGUCAGCGCCAACAUUGUAGCUACAAUGUGUGGCCGCGCCGUUGGUUGGUUUUAUUUGUUUGGUAAUUUAUUCACCACGUGCCAUCAACUGUGUGGUUGAGAUUGUGUAGUAGCCCCGUGCAGUGGAGGGGAUGCUUGGUGAAGGAUCAGGUCCGGCGGCGGCGGCGGCGGCGGCGGCGACCGGGGGUGUUGUAGUGUUCGCCAGUAGUAAGCACACCAAUCCAUUAUUGGACUAUUAGUUUGGCUGAAAGCGCGUUCUUUCGCUCCCAUUCUCUCUUCCUCUCGUUCUUCCUCUCUCUCUCGCUCUCUCUGUCACAUUUUCUCACCAUAGAGGUGGUGCCGCUUGUGGCACCAGAACAACCACCAACACACGUGCCAGAGACACGGUCACACGCACCAUGCGCAGCGCGUUGUGACAUUGGCCUUGAAAACGGUGGCCACUACAACACAACACUGCACACUGGGUCUGGCCCAUGCACUUGCCUAUCGAUUGCUGAUAGCGACGGUGUCUGGUGCGGUGGAAUAGCGAAAGCGAUGCAUUUUCCACAUUUUGCAAGUAAGUGCAACCCCGGGCGGGUGGCAGUAGGCGAAAUGACGAAACGCACCAGCGGUGCAUGGGACACGAAUAGACGGUGAACGCGUCACAUUGACCGUGUGGUGGCGAUGUGAGCGGCAUGCUUCGUGGCACUUCCCCGUCAUUUGCUUCUUUUGCAUGGACACUAAGGAAGGUGAUGCCGACGAUGAUCUCUGCGAUGGUAUAUCCCUCUUAUCCGAACACCUUUUCGUCGCUAGUGCAAUAUUUCUGCCAAUGGCAUUCAUCAUCUUGAAUGUAAGAUUCAUCUUGAAAGCAUUCGUUCUGAUUAUUUUUCAUACAGCAAUGUUUCUUCAAUUUUUCCGGAUAUUUUAUACUAUCGUAUGAGACGAUAUAUAGUAAGCUAUGACAGUUAUGCGUUUGGUUCGCUUUUCCAAGCUCAAAAAAACGCUUGUCAGUAGCUUCUUUAGUUUUUAAAACUUUUUUGACAAAUUUUAAGCCAUUCGCGAUCAAAAUGCUUACAACGGUAUUCAGUUGUGUACAAUCUAUUGAUAUUAUGAAAAUUUUCACAAUUGGCUCUGAAAUAGGCAGACAAAUUAAUUAGGUUAAUGUACGACCUUGAGCCGUGUCCUCAGGAACAGUGUGGGACUCUUAUCCACUAAACCACUAGCUAAGUUUAUCGUAAGCACUCUGCUGCUUAAUUCCUUUUUCGAGAUAACCAUGGGGUAUACACUUCAUCAACACACAUUAUUUUAUUUAUAACGCAAACACACAUAAAACAAAAAUACUUCUUAACUACACUCGCUGCCGAUCGUUCUUCUUUCGACACUGCUUCUGGACUGUUAUAUUUUUAGUAGCCUGCUUGAUCCAUGGCGAAUUUGUUACUCACAGAUAGCAGAAGAAUAAGUAAUCGUGAAUUAAUUGCUUCCAAUUUUGGAUAUAGUAUGCACAUAUUUCUUGUUUCAGAAACUUUAUCAUCCUUUUUUCAAUUUUUAAAAACGAUUCCAAACACUUUUAUGGGCCGUUUACAUGCUCAGAUCUCGGUCGUACAAUCACAUCGUACGAUCUAGCAUUGCGUUUUUCAAUAAAAAAAAUAUCAGAGCGUACCAACGGCCAGUAAACGGUCCUUUAAACAUUAAGAGACUCGAAUUUCCGUCGCUUACCUGACCAGUCACAGAGAAAUCAAGAGAUUCCUCUAGCUGAUCUUUGCAAUCGGUGAGUUCAAAAUUUAAGUAUUUGCUUCAUCCUUCUUUUAGUGUUUGUUUCGACGUUGACGUCGACGUUGAACGGAUUAACAAACGUUGCCAAAUGUUCAAUGUAAGCUGGGCGUACCUGUCUGUGAGUUAUGUCCCAUCGAUCAUUGGUUGCGAUUGCGCAAACCGCUAGAUCUUUAUUCAAUUGUUAGUAUUCAGAUGUUAAAUCGCACAGCAACAAUGUGUUCCAUGGCGGCGUGUUUGCAGGCAGCGUAUCACUCAUUUAUGAAUUAGCAUAGAAAAAUCAAUAACUUCCUCAAACCCUGCCUCAAGGUUCUCUCGGGACACCGUCCUCCAUGGAAUGAACUAUACACCUCUGGAGGGAGACUAGACUGGAGCGCCAGUUCGGGCGUAGUGCCAACGUGUACGCACACGUGCCCCUCUUUGAGAUAACUACAAACCGGUAUCCCGAUCCCAUACCUGGAACAGUGAGCCAAGCUGUGGGUCCCUACUGAUCGCUCAAGUUUCUUGCAAGUUGAGUGUCGUUAGUACUGGACCGUUCUUCAGUCCAGUCUAGUGAUCCCAAUCAUGUGUACUUGGUUAUCUCAUUCGCGACAGUCGCGACACAAUUGGAAUGUCCGCGUACUUGAGGGGCACUAAAAUGCAGGAGAUUGCGAUCCUAGAAUCUUCGUUAAAUUCCGUGUCAAAUGCUCUCCUGGCGGUGAGACAUCAAGCAACGGCCAAUACGCUGUCGCCCCCUGUAAAACUAUUGCAGGUAUUACUAACCGAACCAGCAUGAAAUUCUAUUUGUUAAUUUAGAGGUCGCUUUUUGGGCUUUCUUUCGUUUGAAGUAUUCCAACUAUGCUGACAUUAAAUUAGUACUCCAGUCAGAAGUCUACAAUAUCCUGGAUGAGUAUUUUUAUCCUGAAAUUUAUCACGUUUCUGGAUAAUACUAUAGCCUUUUGUGCUGAUCGCAACGUUGGUUACUGUUGUGGGUUUCGUUUUUGAUUUAUAAUUCUACGAUCUUUUCAAUAUUGAACUAACGUAGUUGUCUGACUCUCAACGGCGAAAGUUUUAUGCUUACAAGACCACGGAUUUGAUAAUCCAAUGAAACGAACAUAGCAGGUUGCUCGAUGUCGUCUCUGUCACGCGCAAUAAGCCAAUGUGCAGAGCUGCUGGCUGCUGGUGGGUUAAACGAUUUUAAUUGAACGUAAACGUUUCGCUUCGGUACGACCGGCAAGUGCUGCUCUUCCGAUUGAAGAAAGUGUGAUGACGCACGUUAUUGACGCUUGAAGCGUUUGCCAGUUUCUUCGCACCCCAGGAUGCAGAGUCUAUCCUGCUCCCUCCUCUAUCAUGUGGACAACACUUGAGGAAUGAUUCCAGCGUCAACCGCAUAAGCACAUCGUUGAACCGCCGGGUCCAUUUUGGGCAGUCUUGAUUGAAUUGCUUGAAGGUUGAAAAACCGUGAGUCCUCGGUGUCACGUCACGUGCCUCGGGACCGUCGGGGAUUACGGACGGCGGGGUACCGAUGGACUUGAGGAGUGAAAGUUGUUGUUGUUGAUCGUAAGCGUGAGCGCUACUUUGUUAUCCAGAGGCCUGCUGUAGUGGUGGGUGGCAGGGUGUGAGGGUGGUUUAUACUUCUUGGCAGCAUCCGUAAAUGGUGUCCAUCUUGUUAGCUCUAGUUUGUCGUAGAGACUGAUAGAGAUACAGAGAGAGAGAUAGAGAGAGAGAGAGAGAGAGAGAGAGAGAGAGAGAGAGAGAGAGAGAGAGAGAGAGUGAGACAGAGAUAGAGAGAGAGAGAGAGAGAGAGAGAGAGAGAGAGAGAGAGAGAGAGAGAGAGAGAGAGAGAGAGAGAGAGAGAGAACAGAGUAAGAGAGAAUUAAAACGGGAACGAAGGAGCGAGAAAGUGAGAGCCGGUUGUGGCAAAAAUAGUUUACCAACGCAUACACGCGCACCCGCCCCCCGCCCCAUGCACCGAAUCUUCCUAUCUGUUGCAACUGGUCGGUGCAACUGCAGCGUGUCAACGAUAACGUCAUCGCAAGGCAGUGCUCCAGAAGCGCGGCACAUGCAAGCCGGUGUGAGGUGUCCUUGAAUUGGUAUCGCCAGUACAUCGACCCAAUAUGCAUAUAGUGUAUGCAAUCGCGCGCACCAUGCCACUGGCUGGCAUAUUAUUGUGUAACAAACGUCGGCGCGGAUGAUGGUGGUCACGCACGAGCCCCAGAAUCUGCAACUCGCUGAGAAUGCACCACACGGAAUGAGCGUGACUGAAGCUAAAAGCAUGCCCGGUAUAGACACAGCCUCUAUUGCCUCUAAUGUCUGCGGCUGCAAAGCUGCUGCGCUGCGAGUGCUUUGUUAGCUGAUAAGAGAAGAUUAAUCUACUUUGCCCCGGGCCCCGGUGGAGAAGAUUUUUGUGGUGCCCCACUCUACCGAUUCUUCACAUUUCGAUCACGCCAAUCGUGCACGUGAUGCGGUGAUCGCCGGGUCCGGUGGUACAGGAACAUUUGUAGCCAUUUCGUUUCAACACGACCCACGGGACACAGCUCCUGGGAAUUGGGAGUGUUUCAGUAGUUUCCGUUGCUCGAAAUUGGAACUAGCAACAGACGUAAACUGCGCUAGUUCUUUUAUUGACCGAUUGAGUCAUCUAGCAGUAAAGUGCAGGCGCAGUGCAUUACUUACUGCCUUUCCAUCCGGUGCGGUACUUGUUGUGCCCUAGCCGUCUAGCGCUGAUCGAUUAAUGUUUAAGUGAGAGUGGUGCCCAGUGGAGCAUCAGAAGAGAAUCGUUUGCCCAAAGCCACGCUUAUCAGUCACGACAAACUUGCGCAAAGUGGCACUAUUUUGACCAGGAGCGACCUCUCCUUUGAUAACACGAUUCCCUGCCAUCGAUUCUCUUAUCGAUGCCCUGGCUGGCUGGCUACAAUGUUGGCUAUCGUGUGUCGAAUCGAACGUUUGUUUGCAAUGUAAACUAAAAUUUUAUUAUUUUUCGUUACUGAUUACGACUGAGGAAAGCGAUGGAAGAGCUUGUGCGCGAUCUACAAAAGCUCGAUCACCGCUAGAACUAGCAUCCUUUGAAUGAUUGAUUCAAAUGGCUUAAUUGCUGUUUGAUUUCAUUAAACCGUAAAUCACAUCAGGUACUUUCAGGCUCACCACCGUUUUCUACCACAGUUUGAUGGCACUGGUUUCGGGGGAGGAUGGUGUAUCGUGGGUGGUACAUAAUACAUAUAAAGAGACAGAGGCAGAGAGAGAAGAACGAGAACAACUGAUGAAAUCGUGAAUCAAAAGCAGUGAAGUGUUUGGCUGCAAAAAUUGUAAGAAAAACGAACGAAAACGAUUAGUAUUGAAAUUGGCUAGAAUUUAGUGAAAUGGAAAACAAAGCGACAACGGAGAAGCCAAAUUUAUCGCACAUUUUAUGGGGAAUAGACAAGCUAAGACGUACAAACAAAACGUCGAACGAAAGGUUUAAAUCUCGGACCAAAAAAAAACAAAAAAGGAAACUAUUUACACAGAUUAGGAAACUCUAAAUCAAUUCAAACACGGGACGGCAACACCCAAAACAACAACACGUAUGACUAGGGGAAAUCAAGUGCUAAAACAAAAACGAAGGAGAACUAUAAGACAUAAACCAAUUUUAGGAAAUCAAAUUGUGAAAAAAGGGGAAACAGCGGAGCAGAAACGAAGACACAAAAAGUGCUUUUAAAAUUAUUUUUAGCCUCGAAAACCUUUAGACCCCGUGUACGAAUUCUACGAUGCAUUUUCGGUGUGUAUUUGGAGUACGAAGUGAUGAGCGAAGCGGAAGUUCUGAGCGUAUUUGGUAACCCACAAUCAACAACAUUAAUCCCACCAACGAGAUGACCAGCAGCCAGAGAGGAGGGAAAAGGACUGUGGCCGACCUGGGGCUUACCAAGGCCACCAAAAAAAAGGGACCUAAGGGUACUCGCAUUGAUUUGGUACUAAAUGGCUGUCGCGAAUUGCGAACAAGAGGCAUCAUAUGCAUAUACGAGAGAGGGAGUGAAAGUGAAAUGCGCGCGCCAGCAUAUAUAUAUGUGGCAGAAAGUUUGUAGUGGCGCCAAACAGGUUCAUUCCGGGUGACCCGGAGUGUCCGCGGGACCUUUCUAGCGGAGCGCACCACCAGGAACGAACGCGCACUGCAUGCCAGGAUCCGAGGUAUUAAAGCUGAGAAGCCAUAGAAGCAAGCGCACAUCUCCACAGCGCAGUUCUCCAUAUGAUCGCGCGGUGACGGCUAGCGAAGGAUGGACGAAUUGCUUUUUUGGGUUUCCUUCCAUCCAUAUCCCCGCCUCCCCGGGUGAAGUACCGCUAGAUGACCCCCGUAUCGUUAUAUUAAGCUGUAACAGAACAGAAAGUGCAAAUUAAUGAUUAAGUGUUGAGUUUUAUUGUGAAAUUUGUGCAAACGAUACGUUUGUUUGUUUUCGCCUUUUGUUAUCAAGAUCGCGUAUUCCCGUGGGGUAGCGAGAGAAAAAGAAGAAGAAGAAGCAGGGGAUUUUAAAGACCAAAACCCGAGAACGAGAUCCUGCAGCAGGCUUUUACCACAGAACAAAAAGGUUACCCGGUAAAAGGGAAGGUUACACGGAAGAGCAGAAAGAUAAUGUGUGCAGUAAGGAGGAAGAGGAAAAGAAGAAGAAGGUGGUACGCACAAAGAAGCCGUACAUAAGAUAGAUAAGAUAUUUUAACUAGCCUCUAAUGGUACGAUCACGAUUGAUUUCUCACAAAGUAUGGCACGCUGCUGCUUGCUGUCCGUGAAAUGUAAAACAUUAAUCAAUUUCCUACCAGAGCAAACGGGAGCUCAUCAGCAGCAGCAGCAGCAGCAGCAGUCUCUGUCCAGCAGGUGUUAUCGUAACUAGAUAGUCUUUAUUUUGUUUUUUGAUAAUUUGUUUGUUUUCCGCUCAUUUGUUUUUUUUACCGUUAGUUUAAAGGCAAUUUUCCACCGCAAAAACUCACUCUUCCUUUGGUUGGGAUUAUCGGGUUCAACCAGUUCAGGGGAAGUUAAUCUGCUGGGUGGAAAUCCAUCCAAGAUUGGUUAGAUGCGACAAAAGAAUAGAAGAAUUCUCUUUUAAUAAGCUCUUCUCCCCAUCCGAUGCCCCCCAUUAUGGCAAUGCCGUACCACAACACAAUACAUAACUAUCUAUAUUUAACCGUCUAAAAAAACUGAAACAGUUAUUACGUUAGUCAAUAGACAGCCAGAGCCAGAGGUGCGUUGUCGUGUGGUCGGGAACGAAAACGUUUUCGCUGAGAGACCGUCGACUAAGUGACGCAGCAUGAUGUAGGCGAUGGGGGAUGGAAAAACAAGUGGAGGAAACAACUUAUAUUCAUAUGAUGGAUGUGCCUAAAAACAAUAUACGAACAAGCUAAAUAUGUAGUAGAAAAAAUA